AUAGACGCCCUGACUAAAGUAUUUCCGGGUGAAAAUACAGAAAUGAUUGAAAAUAAAUAUUGACAUUCUUUUGGUUCUAUAAUAAAGCAUCUUAUUUGAAAAAAAGUAGUUUAAUUUCUUCAUCUCGUAAUAUUGAAAUUGAAACAAAUGGUUUAGGAACCUGUAAGUUAAAAUGGCUGAUGAUUUAAUACCAACCAGGGACACUAGCAAUAAUGCUCUUCGAAAUGUCCCUACUGAAGCUGCUGUUCAGCGCCCGCAGGUCAGUAAAUUUACGAGAGAUGAGCUUGAGGACAGGUUCCUCAGAAUGUAUGAUGAGUAUUACAUCCUUAAAAAGUAUGCCAGGAAACAAGAGGAUAAGAUCAAAAGGAUGGCAACUAAACUCCUUCGUCUAGUUAAUGACAAGAAAAAGCUUGAAAAAGAAGGUAAAGGUGGGAAGAGUAUCGAGACGGAGGAGAAGUUUGAAGAAUUAAAUGCACAGAUCAGAGCUUUGGAGAAACAAAAUGCUCAGUUAAGAGAAAAGUUGAUGUUGACAAAACAACAGCUGACGUCAGUGGGGACCAAACGAGGGACAUACAAUCAUGUCAGGGCUGUCAUCAACACGAACCUUCCUCCCGGUAAACAAGGAGCCACAGUGCAUAUUGACCCACGAAUAACUCAUAAAAAUCUGCGAGUUAUGGGCCCACCUCCAGGGGCCCAAACCCUGUCAGAACAUCAGCUGAUUAAAAGUUCUCCACCAGCUCAUUAUGGUCCAAGCAUGCUAGAAUCUACUGUUGCUGAAAAACAUAGACUUGACCAGCUGGCCCAGAUGCGCGAACAGAUUGUCAUCUACGAGAUGGAGAUUGAAAACUUGAGAGAACAGAAUAAAUUACAGAAAGCUGAGUUUGAUGAAGAUUUGUUGAAGAUUAAGCAAAAAAUUACAUCAGAGCAGAAACACACCUUACAAGAGAAUAUUGAUAUGAUCAAGCUACAGCGUGAAAUUAAAGAAAAAUCCACAAUGUUGAUUGCUCUACAGGACAAAUAUCAAUACUUGGAGCAGAAUAGCCGUGUUGUGAAGCAGAGCCAUGAUCAAAUCCUGCACGAGAUGGAAAGUUUGACUCUACAGUUCCAAGAGGAACAGAACAGGAACCUCGCCUUGCAGAAUCAGCUGAAAAUGACAGACAACGACCAAAGGAAGAUUUUUGAGCUGCAGGAGCAGAUCAAUGACCUACAGAGGGAGUGUCAAGUCCUGAAGGAAGCCAAUGAGAAGCUGGUCACCAGUGCCUUUGACCUGGAGAGAGAAAGAGAAUGGAGACAGAAAGAAAACACCCUGAAGGUUCAAAUUGCGCAGCUUGAGGCCACACUCAAGUCUGACCUGGGGGAGAAGGGCAGCAUCAUAGAUAGGUACUCCAUGGAGAGAGAUGCCCAUGAGAAGCUGCAGACAGAACAUCGUGAACUAUCCAUCAAUUAUUACACCCUCAAGGAGCAGAUGGACGACUUGAAUGAAAAAAUGAAAUUCUUCACCAAGGAGAGCCAGGUUGACUUUACAGAGAUAGAGGAGGCCCUGGUGCUCAUCAAGCAGAAGAAACAGAGAGAGCAGAAGCCACCAGACUUUCUACAAGCUGUUGAUGAUGAGCUCUCACAAGAUCACAAGAAAGCUCUGGUCAACCUGCAGGCGGAGUUUGCUGAGACAGUCCAUGAGCUGGAGAAGACACGCAACAUGUUGAUAGUACAGCACAAGAUCAACAAGGAUUACCAGGCAGAGGUUGGAAUCCUAACAGGCAAGAUGGAUGAAGUAAAGAGAGAAUAUGAAACCAAGUUAGAUGAAUAUGCCAGGCUUUUGGAUAUACGCGCUGCCAGAAUAAAGAAACUUGAAGCCCAACUUCGUGAUGUUGCCUACGGUACAAAACAGUAUCGUCUACCCCAGGCUGAUGAUGAUGAUAAUGAAUCCACAACAGACUUUGAUGAAACUAUCAAUCUUGAGAGGGGACAAAAUCUGUUUGAGAUUCACAUAGAAAAGAUAUCUUUAUCUAAAGAUGCCCUGGAGAAAAUUGGUGACGAAGAGCCCUGUGUUUUCUGUACCUGGGAAUUUUUUGAGUUUGAAAUCCAGUCCACACCAGUUGUGCGUGGUGCCAGGCCAAUGUUUGAUUUCACAUCCCAGUACAUUGUUAGGGUGGAUGAUUUCUUUUUACACUACAUUCAAAGAGAAUCUUGUACAGUGGAGAUUCACCAGUCAUUUGGCCAGGAUUAUAAAACUAUAGCAGCAUGCCAGAUGGUAUUUAGAGAUAUUUUUGAUAAGCCACAUGGGCGUAUUCAUGGGACAGCUUCCUUGACAGGUGUGGUGGAGGGGGAGACAGGCAUAGGGUACGGAACUCUAGACUUCUGGGUCAGGCUUAGGGUACCCAUGGAGCAAGCGUUGAGGCUUUAUAAGGAGAGGACCAAAGCCCUGGGCUACAUCAUGACUAAUCAGAGACUGGCAAACCAAGCGCUGGAAGCUCUGGAUGACAUUGCUGCCCAAAGACCUCCCAGCAAUGUCAAUGAGAUGCACGUCAAGAUCAUCCGCUGCUCCAGGCUGAUUCCACGCAGGAAGAAUGUGCAGCCGUCACCUUACUGCGCCUACAAACUCCUGGACUUCCCUGACCAUGAUACAAUCAUCCUGCGCAACACGAAUGACCCAGAGUUCAAUGACCACAAGAUUUACAGUGUUCCCAUCACCUACGAGGCGGACCAGUACCUCCGCACUGCCAAACUGCAAAUGUUUGUGUUUGAUGACCUUGACCCUGAAGUGGAGGCCUACCUGGGUAUGGCAGAGAUCCCACUUCUGCCCCUGGCACACGACAAGCAGGUGUCUGGUGAGUUCCAGCUGACCAGAGGCGCUGGCAAGGCACCGGCGGGUGUCAUAGAGGUGGAGCUGAGGUGGCAGUACCCUUACCUGGCUCCCAAGCUGCCGCACCAUGAGCCGCAGGAGCUUGAAAUGGCCCCCAAUGAACCACCCCAGCGGCUAAAGCCUGAGGGUCAGGUGACCCGUGAAGAACUGGUUGGUCCAGUGAGACCAGAGGCUGCCCACAAGCAUCGAGCAGGUCCAUCUGCCACCUCCACGCCAAUAGACAAGAAUAAACUGAAGGCUGUUGAAUCUCAGAUUAUCUCCCCUAUGCCUAAGCCAGCAUCACGACGUAAGGUCCACAUCUCAGAAGAUCAGCCCACGUAUAGCGAGGCCCACCAUCACUCAGGGGCCCACCACAACAACGCAGUGGAUGACACUGUCUCCCAGGUGGUCUCAGGGUUCAUGCCCAACUUGUCUGAAUCUCUUUCCUCUGUACCAGACAUGGCCACAAAUCAGAGUAUCUCCAGUCACCCAGCUAAGCAUCUUUCUGAUGAUGAGAAGUCAGUGUUACACACCCAGUCUAUCGCUGAGGAAAUAGAGGAAGAGUUAUCUGCAAGACCCACCCCUCCUCGUGCUUCAUUACAGAUGGAGUCCGGAUCUGAAGAUGAAACAAUUAAAGAAACACCAAUUAAGAAAUCUGUAUCCCAUUCUGUAACCGAUGAAGAAGAUAUUAAUGAAGAAAUUGAUGAAGAGAUCGCUGAGAAAGAACCAGACUCUGCCAGAACCUCUGAGAUGUCAGAAGCUUCAGAACCAGCUGCCGUUGAGUCUGACAGUGAGGGUGUCAUGUUAAUUUCAACGCCAAAAUCAAAGCAAAAAAAUAAACGGCCAAAACCAAAGGACACAGUUACCAUUGUCAUAUCAGAGGUGACCUUAGAGGAAGACUCUCCUCCCAUGAAGGAUGAGAAUGUCAAGCAGCUGUUUGUGGAGUACAGGUUCCAUGCUGUGGACCCCAUGGAGACAGAAACACCUUACUCCCUCCCCAAACCCAAGCCCCACCAGUCCAUCUUGUUCAACUUCAGUAAAACUAUUCCUGUUGAUAUGGAAAAAAAUUACGAGCGGCGAAGCUAUUUAGCUAGCAUAUUGUUGCCUAGUCACCCCGACAAAGGGAGGUUAAAGUUCACCCUGGUGAGUGAGCCUCCAGAAAAUCCUGCGGAAUCAACUGAGAUGGAAUGUGAGGAUGUGGGCGUGGCUUAUGUGGAUAUCAAGAGAAUGCUGCGGGAGGGCAAGGAUCUCAAAGAUCAGAACAUCGACAUCCUGGAUGCUCAAACAGAGAAGGUUGUCAUAGGUCACAUGAUGGUCACUGUGGAAUGUGUUGAUGUCAUGCGGGCUAUUGCAAAUGAAAUGGAGGUCGAUGGCACUUACUAGUAGAGGACUCUGCCUAGUUUAUUAUUAACUGCUAGUACACAAAUAUACUCUGAUUAGCUGCAUGCAUAUGCUAAUGACAAAUGCCUAAAGUUAUUAACAUUGCUUAAAGUCCUGUGUACAUGGACCUGAAUGAAAAGCUAUUUACAGAAUGGGCAUUUUUUAGUCAGUUAAUGUUUAUAAAAUUAUAAACUUUAUGAGCCGUCCAUUCAAACACAAUUAUGAACCUUUUGCCUCAUGUGACUUGUUUAUUUUACUUUGUUAAAGCCAACUGUGAUACAUGUACUAGAAGUAAAUUAAAAAGUGAGAUUUACUUACAGAAACAAAAUAAAUAUACUUGAGCAUAGAAUGUUCUUUAAAAACACCAAAACAAAAUAUUUUUUGUUUCACUUUCUAUUUUUCAUUUAUUUUUGUUAUCUUAUCUUGAAUGCUGCAUCCAUUACCUAGCUCCAAGUUUAUAGACACCAUCUUUGUCCAAUAAACAAAUGUUUAUUUCA